AUGUACAGCAGUCUAAACAAUAAUUCUCUGGCACAGCCUGUUGAAAGUCCGCAUCCUCAUUUAUUUUCCAUCAACCAGAAGGUUUACCGGAAAAGACCAAGGGUUGAGGAUACUGUCAAUGACAUUAUUCGUCAAGCAAAACACAAUAACACAGAUGGGUCAAACCCUUGUUCAACGAAUCCCUACCGACCUUGGAGAAGUAUUCGUGACUUGUCUUCUGAUAUGUAUGGACAGGGGGCGAUAGCAAGUGUGCAAAGCUUUUACAAUUCCAACGGAAAUCUUCAUGAUCAGAAACCACUAGAUUGCUCACUGAUGCCAUCCGAACUAACCCCACAGCAUCGUUGUAGCUACAGCAGUUCAGAUCAAUUUAAUGAGCGACCAAAGUUUUCACGACUUAUUAAUGAUUGCGCUUUGUUGGCACAACCGUCGGAUAAUGAAGAUGACCAACCCCAUAUUUCGUCAAGCGCUUGUAGUGCCUCAUUUAAUUGCAAUUGCAAUGAAACUUCCCGUAAAACUUGGCUGAACCCCUUCCAUGCGACCAGUCAUUUUAAUCAUCCCGGAAAUCCCUUAGGAUCUUCUUACCCCACGGGAUAUUCGACAUGCAGUCAAAGUGGACUUCUGCCGAGGAAUUCUUCUGAUUGGCAUUGUUGGCGGUUCCGAAAUCGGCCCUAUCUCGAGACCGCCUCCCCCAUUCACGAACCCACUCCACCAAAAAACGUCUUUUCACCUUCCUCCCGAUUUCCAAAUAAUGACCCCCUUAGUUCAAAUUAUCUUGAACCGUUUAGCCACAUUCAAGAUCUCACAGGAAGGGUGGCUGAUUGUCGUUCUCUGUUUCAUGACUGUCGGUCCCCAUUCUUAGCAGAAAGUCAUUUAGGUAUUCUUGAAGAUGACCGCCUGCUUGGUAACCUAUACGCCAGUCAUAAAGCCGAUAAGUCAAAACACUCUGGAGCUGGAGAAAGGAGGAAUGGAAGUUUAUCUAGCUCCCUAAUCGCGGACCUUACAAAGGACUGGUCACCACUGGCAAUUUGUCGUGAUGAUGGUGGUAACGUACGAAAGGAUCGGGCACAGUCUGUAUCCAUACAGACUGAGAAUAUUCCCUCAACGAAUACGGCAGUUCAGACGGAUGACUAUCUAGUCGUUUGCAAGGAAUGUAAAAAGCUUCGUUCAACCCUCGAUAGAAUCCUUCACAAUCAAAUGAAUCGUCUUGAUUCGACCGUCCCCCAUGCCAACUUAGAACACUUCCGCACCUCAACUCCCCGUCUCCCCUCAAACUCUUCCCAAAUUUGCACCAAUGAUGCUGGCAUUGGCUUUAUUUCACCCGUAACUAACGGUACUUGCACAGUUUCGGAUUUCCAAAAGAGUGUAAGGACCGGUCCUCCGAUGUUAUUUGCGAAAAACAAAAACGGUCGCCUACUCUGCAAAGGCUUGAACCUCUCAGGCUCUAAUGAGGAUUGA